CAUUCAUUCAAGCAUGCUUCUUCUGAUUGUGUUACAAAAUGAGAUUUAGAACCAUUAUUACAUUUACUUUAAAACACUCCAAUUCACUGCACACUAACGCCUUUCCAAUUCCACAACAUCACAACAAAAACUACUACCUUAAACUUGUUCGUUCGUGCAAACACUUGAACCCUCUCCACCAACUCUAUGCCCAUUUCCUUGUUUCAGGUCUCUUUCACCAAUGCAAUUUACCUCAAUCAAACCCAUCUCUCAUUCUUUGUAAUUCAUUGAUUAGACUCUAUUCCAGACUUCAUCACUUCCGCAAAGCUAUAAACUUGUAUCACACAAUGUUAGAAUUUGGACUUCAACCUGACAAAUACACGUUUACCUUUGUUUUGAAGGCUUGUACUGGUGCUUUAGAUUUUCAUGAGGGUGUUUCUGUUUACCAUGAUGUAGCUGCUAGAGGGUUAGAAUGUGAUGUCUUUAUUGGGACUAGUCUUGUUAACAUGUUUUGUAAAAUGGGUCAUUUGGAUAGUGCAAGGAAGGUGUUUGAUAAAAUGCCGAAGAAAGAUGUUGCUUCUUGGAAUGUGAUGAUUUCGGGUUUCUCGCAGAGCUUAGAUCCUAGUGAGGCGUUGGAAAUUUUUUGGAAGAUGCAGGUGGAGGGUGUGGAGCCUGAUACCGUGAGUAUCUUGAACCUGGCUCCGGCUGUUUCUAGAUUAGAGGAUAUUGGUGCCUGUGCGUCUAUUCAUGGUUAUGUGGUUAGGAGAGGCAUUUGUGACUUGGUUUCAAUUUCAAACUCAUUGAUCGAUAUGUACUCUAAAUGUGGUGAGAUACAUCUGGCUCAUCGUAUUUUUGACCGGAUGCGGGUUAUGGAUGAUGUCUCGUGGGCAACAAUGAUGGCUGGAUAUGUACAACAUGGUUGUUACUUUGAGGUUCUUGAAUUGUUUGAUAAAAUUAAGAAUAAAAAUGUUAAGAUGAAUAAAGUAGCAGUUGUAAAUGCUCUUUUGGCAGCUGCAGAAAUGAGAGACUUAGAGAAAGGGAAGGAAAUUCAUAAUUAUUCUUUGCAGAUAGGGGUAAUGUCAGAUAUUAUUGUUGCUACUCCUGUAGUGAGCAUGUAUGUAAAAUGUGGGGAGUUGAAGAAGGCAAAAAAAUUGUUUCUGAGUCUUGAAGGAAGAGAUUUGGUUGCUUGGUCUUCUUUUUUAUCGGCUCUUGUUCAAGCUGGAUACCCUGGAGAGGCAUUGUCUAUAUUUCAAGAGAUGCAGCAUAAAGCCUUGAAACUUGACAAAGUGAUUUUGACAAUUCUUGUUUCCUCUUGUGCAGAAGUUUCAAAUCUCAGAUUAGGGAAGACUAUGCACUGCUAUGCUAUUAAAGCAGAUAUGGAGUCCGAUAUCUCAGUAGUUACAACCCUUAUCUCAAUGUACACUAGAUUUGAAUUAUUUAUACAUGCUAUGAGGUUGUUCAACAGAAUGCAAAAUAAAGAUGUUGUGGUGUGGAAUACUUUGAUAAAUGGGUUUGUGAAAUAUGGUGAUCCACAUCUUGCAUUGGAAAUGUUCGAUAGAUUACAAUCAAGUGGGAUUCAACCAGAUAGUGGAACCUUGGUGGGUAUGGUUUCAGCUUGUUCCACUAUGGAUUACCUAGAUAUAGGAACAUGCUUUCAUGGAAAUAUUAAAAAGCGUGGUUUUGAAUCUAACACUCAUGUAAAAGUUGCGCUAAUGGACAUGUAUGCCAAAUGCGGGAGCCUUUUCUCAGCAGAAUGCCUGUUUCUCUUAACCAAGCAUGUAAAGGACGAGGUAUCUUGGAAUGUGAUGAUUUCAGGGUAUCUGCAUAAUGGAUAUGCCAAUGAAGCAAUUUCCACUUUUCAAUGGAUGAAAUUAGAAAACAUCAGGCCCAGUUUAGUCACAUUUGCGAUCAUCCUUCCUGCUGUAUCGUAUUUGACAGUAUUAAAAGAGGCGAUGGCUUUUCAUGCCUGCAUUAUCCGAAUGGGAUUUCCAUCUAGCAUCCUUCUUGGAAACAGUCUCAUAGACAUGUAUGCUAAAUGUGGUCAACUUAGUUAUUCUGAGAAAUGUUUUCAUGAAAUGGAAAACAAAGACACUAUCUCAUGGAAUGCAAUGCUUUCAGGAUAUGCAAUGCAUGGCCAAGGUGAACGCGCUGUCACUCUUUUUUCACUAAUGCAAGAGACUAAUGUUCAUGUUGAUUCUAUUUCGUACAUCAGUGUAUUAUCUGCUUGUAGACACGCUGGUUUAAUUCAAGAAGGAAGGAACAUUUUUGCCUCCAUGUGUGAAAAGCACCAUGUUGAAUCCAAUAUGGAACACUAUGCAUGCAUGGUUGAUCUUUUGGGCCGUGCUGGUUUAUUUGAUGAAGCUCUUAGUUUAAUUAACAAAAUUCCAACAGAACCAGAUGCUCAAGUUUGGGGCGCCCUCCUGGGAGGGUGUAAAAUUCAUUCGAAUGUCACAUUAGGAGAGGUUGCCCUGCAUCACCUUGUUAAACUUGAACCGAGAAAUGCAGUUCAUUAUGUAGUUUUGUCAGAUAUUUAUGCUCAAUGUGGCAAGUGGAAUGAGGCCAGAAGGACAAGAUUACAUAUGAAUGCUCAUGGCUUGAAGAAAAUUCCAGGAUAUAGUUGGAUUGGAGCCCACAAACAAGGUUUGUGUCUUUCUUGCUAGUAACGAAGCUCUGCCACUAUCAACACGGACUAGCAGAACAAAUGAAUUUUUUCUUUAAAACCAAAAAGACGAGAAGGUAUGCAAUCAAAGUUCCUCUUCCCGAUUAUAAAUUGGAAAAAAAGCCUACAACUACAAGAAUCACCAAGUUAUGUAAUCAAGUCGACGAGAAUUUAUACAUUAUUAUCAUGGUAACAUUUAAAAAUCUAGAAUGGCUAUCCAUCCAUGUGUGCUAUGUAACUUUUGGAGAUUCCUCAUUUUGCAUUGCCUAGUUUGAGCUGUCAUACAGCAGCUGGAGGAGUUAACAGAAAAACAAAGAAGAUGACACAAAACAGCUUGUGAGUUGAUCAAAUCUGCUUUCUAGAAAGCUUUUGAGAAUUAGGAUUGCAAAUGCUGCAGAAGUAUGCUGAAGAGAACCGUCUAAUUCUACAGCUUCAGCAGUUGACCAAUUUUGGAAUGAAUAGGUGGUCCUGGUCGCAAAUUUCCUGAACAGAAAGGCCGGAGAAUACUGCCACUGUUUGUACGUUGGUCAGGUUUCACAUUGCUUUUAUGAGAAGAGAUGGAAGCUGAUUUUGGACAAUUUGAGACAUCAAGAUAUUAAAAAUAGAAAUAAAGAGGUUAAGUUCCUAAACUUGUUUUUCAUUGUAUAACUGUUUACUUACACUUGUAUGAACUUGAUGGUAUUUGGCACCUGAGCUUUCAAGUUACUUGUUUUUUUAGUUCAGUUCAUGGAUUCAACAAUCUUUGGCUGUUAUUUAAUUACCUUCUUCAGUGAUAAUUGAUAUUGCUUUUAGUUAUUGUUCAGCAGACUGGAAAUCAAGACACUUUGGGUUCAUAGAAUUUGCACGAACUGUUUACUGUGUUGUGACUUCUGUCUAUUAUAUUUAUUGUUAACUGUUACUCCUUUAUGAUAAUUUACUUUGGCCUGUAGGAAGCAAAUAUUUUAGCCAAAACCAUUCACAGUUAUUUGUUUUGUGAACACCUUGAGGCUAAUGUGUUACCUCCUGCCUGAGCUAUUCAUCAAAAAGUUCCAAGUUAUCAGGCUGUGUGUAACAUGUAAGACCCAAGACAGGACUGAUAAACAACAGAAGCAUGACUGAAUGGUAUUUUAAAUGUAUCAAGAAGAUUAAAUGAAAAUGUGUGGUUUUUCUUUAUAGAUGUAGAGGAUUCAAUUAUUGUUCAAGUCAUUGAACUCGGUCCAAACUCAAUGAGAGCAACAUGACAGGGCAUACAGUUUGAUUAUGAAAUGUAUUUUUGGAUUUUGUUUGUUUGGUUCUUAGUAUAAAAGAAAAUCUGUUAUGUUAGUUGCUGUUGUAAUUUCAGGAAACAACACAAGAAAUUGGUGGAAAAGAUUAUGAAAUGAGGUAAAAAGGAUAGAGGUUCUAAGAUUCUAAGCUUUUCAUCUUUCAUUGUACAGUUUUUCUUCUUCAUAUAUGGGUUUAGCUUAUGUCCAUUGCCCCCUCCAAAGUUUUGUAUGGUUAUGUGUACCUAGUUAGAUAGUUGAUGACUAUUUCUCUACCACUGUACUUCUACUCAAUACUUAUAACUUAAGUAAGUUUUGGGAACGUAUGUACCAAAAUUUAUAUAUCAGUAGAAAUACAGACUUAUAUAUAACAGUAGAAAUACAGACACUAAAGUUUGUCUU